AUGCCACCGCCAACCACGCCAGCCCCAACUACCGCCCACCCAGCCGGCCCACCAGCCACUGCCGCAACCCUCCAACAGUCACAGCACACCGCGGGAUUCCCACGAUCUACUAGACCCGGGGCAGGACAGGGUCGCCUUCCCCGAGUGGGCGAUACCCCGAUGACCCACCAGCACCCAGCCAGAGACCCGCACCAGAGCCCAAGGAGGAUACCUGGGCAAAUAAGAGAGGGGAAGGCAGAAACAGGAGAGCGAGAAGCUGCCAAUUCCUCCUCAAAUCUGAUUUUCAAGGCUGACUUCACACUACUUUUAGCAAGUGUCCAAAUCGGAUCUAAACGAGACGAGUCUUUGGAUAAACGCUGGGCUUGUCCCUCUCAUCGGACGCUCAGCGUCUCUGGGGGUCUAUGGCCCCAAAAAGUGAGAGGAGUCUGGCUGCAGCCCGCCUCUCUCAGUACCCUGCGCCGCUCUUCUCAGUACCCAUCCCGCAGACAGGAAAUGACGCAACACCGCAGCUCUCAGUCCCCUCAGACCGGAAAUGUCGUCAACCCUUGCGACGAAAACAAGUUACGUUAUUUCACCUCUCGCGAAAAAAACACGUUUGAAUGUUGUCACAUGAUCCAAAUAGGACAAGCUGCAAGAUCACCACCCCAUUGGGAAGAAACUAAAUCACGACCCCCAAAUGGUAGUCUUCCCAUGCAGAUACAGGGAUGUCACACAGAUCCAAAUGGAAACAUCGAACACUGUAAAACCCACUGUGCAGACAGGACCAAUGGUGACAAUAUAAGACCAUGCCGAGCUUCAUGGACGGUUCAAACUCAUCCUGCCCAGGAACGGCUGAAAACGUUGACAGUCAAUCAACAGGGGGACAUGGAAAGAGAGGAUUGGAAGUGAAAUAGAGGGUUUUUCGGGACAGCCAUAGGGGUG